UUAAACUACAGGUGGAUCCUGCCCUACCGCCGAUCCCCUAUCGAUAACACCCGGUGGAACCUUUUCCCUUAGUGUACAGUCCCGCCUGCAGUUAUCUUAUCCAAGUACGUACCGCCAAAAAGAUUUUGGCGCAUUGGUGGGAUUGUGGAACGAAAUAGCAGCAGCAGCAGCUCGACGACGACGACGACGACACGACACGACUUUGCGCCCGACACAAAAAAUACCACACCAAUUGGAUAAGGCAGCGACAACGGAAGACAUCGCUAGCGGGGUUGGAGCGGAAAACACCAAAAAAAAAAUGGCGUCUGAAGUCGCAGCCGCAGCCGUCAAUGUCGUGCGGCGGGCCGGCAAGGAAAUGCACGGCAUCGUGGUGUCCGCCGGGCUCAUGGACAAGACGGUGAAAGUCAAGCUGGGGGGUCUGCGAUGGGAGCCGCGGGUGCAGAAGUUCUUCAAAGAACCCCGAUUCAAACUAGUCCACGACCCAGCCAACUCCGUCCGCCAAGGCGACGUAAUCGCCAUCGAGCCCAGCUGGCGCGUCUCCCAGCACGUCCGCCACGUAGUCAAGCACAUCAUCGCGCCCUACGGCGCCCCCAUCGAAGAACGGCCCCCAGUCCCCACCCUCGAAGAGCGCGCCGCCGAACGGGCCGCCAAGCGCGCUGCGAAAGACGAGCGUCGGGCUUUGAGGCGCGAGGAGCAGGCGAGGAUUGCGGAGGAGGAGAGGGAGGCGGCGCUGGAGGAGAAGAGGAUAAGACUGGAGGAGAGGAAGAAAAGAUUGGAGGAGAAGGAGAGGGAGAGACUAAAAGGGGCAGAGACGAGCUUGAGUGAUGUCGACUGAAAUGAAUGAAUGUCUUAUCGGUCGGAAGAGGGAAGAGGGUUUAUGAUCUAGGGCGACAAAGCCCAGGCUAGCUGACCAGCUACGACGACCGAACUGCGACUGUGACUGUGACUGCGGAAGAUAACUACAGUUCCACACGGUAAACCUGUAUAUACCGGAAU